AUGCCCAAGUUCAUGCUCCAGGUCCGCUCCAACCAGGACACCGACCUCGUCGAUGCCGGUAUCCUCCUCUCCGGUAACGCUCUGUAUCCCUCUUCCCAGGGCGCCCGCGUCAGCUUCGCUGGCGGCAAGCCGGCCACCACUCAGGGUCCUUUUCCCACCGACAGCGUUAUUUCGGGCUACUGGAUCAUCCAGACCAACGACCUCCAGGAGGCCCUCGACUGGGCCAGCAAGGCUCCUUUGAAGGACGGAGCUGCCGUGGAGGUCCGCCAGAUCUUGGGCGCCGACGACUUUUAG